AUGGGCGUUGCGUGGCACUGGGCUUGUGCUGUUGGAGAUUUUGUCACAAUUUUAGCAACAUUUGUUCCAGCCAUCAAAUAUUAUGUUCCUUUAUUAGUAUCAGCCAUUGUUUUGUCAAGUCUUUCUGGUGUUCUUUUGAUUUAUUUCAUAUUAUAUUAUAGGAAAGUCAGAAGACAGUUAAAUGUAAUAAAACAAAACCAGGAUGAGUAUAAUGCAUAUUAUGAUGAACUUGGACUAUGCAAAUAUGAAGAUAAAGCACUCAGAUACCUCAAACUCGGUUUUCAAUAUUAUUGUGUAUGCUUUUAUAACUGGAGUUACGUCAACUACCUCCUGGAACGGUUCAAUUCCGAACGUGUUCUAUGUAUGUGUCUCCAACUUGUCAAUUUCUUCCCGAAAGAGACAAGAUUACAAAAUAAAAUCGAAAUGAUGUUACUUGCCAAGAGAGAUCCUCACUGGACCACAAGAUUCUUAAUAUACCAGAUAGAACACUCCAAGACAUUACGUACUUUUUCAAUUUCGACGCAAUCAAAAUUAAAAUUAAUUGAAAUUAAAACAGUAAGUCGCCAAUGCGAGAUGAUUUGUCGCGGAGCCAUUGAUUCUAUGAGUGUUACCCCUAGUUAUUUGGAGAAUUUCUACGAAAAAACAAGAAUGGCCAGAGUUAUUUGGAAAGAAGCAAUCAUGAAUGCUCCAAAUAACAACAGAUUCUGCGAUGAAUACGCAAGAUAUCUUUGUGAAGCUGAAUGUGACUUCGUAAACUGUAUAAAAAUGAAGCAUCGUCAGGAAAUUAUAGAACUUGGAGCGAAUUUCUGCAUAGAUUUGCCUUUCAGAUCAAUGGUCAGAGCGUUCCCGAAGUAUUUGACUGAGAAAAUCUUGGAUCUUCAAGGAAAUGUAAUUAAAAAUAAACCAGCCUCAGAUGAACCAGUUCCAAACCCUAACAUCUCUGCAACGUUGAAUAAUACAAAGACUUCUAAUCACUCCUUUGAAGAAUCUUUUGAAUCAGAGUUAGAUAAUGAAAUAGAAGAUCAUAUUGGAUCAAUUUCAAUCAGCCAUGCAAGGCCAAGGUUGGCCCUUCAAAGAACAUUAGACCAGAGAUUGACUCCUCCCAUAAGAUCCAUCAAAUUCCUCACAAUUUUCAUAAUUAUUUUCAUUCCGAUCUUUUUUUUGGCGGUCUGGUUCUAUAUUAAGACAAUCCUUAACUCUAGAGUUGAUUCAAUGCGUCAUGUUGAGGCUCUGGCACUCACACGCUUCUAUACUUCCAUUGCCAGUGCUGAUUUGAUGAUGUUUUUGUUCAAAGGUGACGCAAAAGCAAUUCAACUACUAACAACGAUGAAAUCUAUGCUUAUGGAUGAUGAUCGGCCUUUCUUUGACCCCUAUUCCAAUAAUUUAACUGAUUUAUUGAAUUUUACAACUUUAGCCGCUACUGAAUUCCAAGAUAUGAUCAACUCUUUGACCAACAUUGGUCUCGUAGGUGGCAAUGUUAGCAAAUUCGCUAGCCAUUUCAUUGAAGAUAAAUCGUCAAUGAGAAUGUGCAACCCAACAGGCCAAGUAUUGACAGAUUCACCUCAGGCGAGCAUGUCAUUGGCAUCGAUCAUAUCCGAUUUCAUCUCUAACCAAAGAUAUUUCUCUUCAAAAACAAUAACAGAUAUUGCCUCAAUUUUGUUUAGUCCGGACUUUUGUGAGAUAGCAUCAAAUCUAAUGGCAUUCUACAACAGUUCUGCUGCUUUGUAUUCUGAACUGAACGAAUAUUUUGAAGGUGCGUAUUCAUCAGCAACAAAAACGAUAGAAAUUGUCAAAUACGUGAUUCCUGUUGCUGUGUUUAUUAUUUCUUUUGUUCCUUUCAUAGUCAUUCAUAUACUUAUCGAUAAAAAUUUGAAGGAUGUGAUAAAUAUUAUUCAUUCCUUCGAUUUGAAGACCAAAAAUGAGGCAAAAGAAAUGAUAUACAAAGCCAAAGAAACAGAAGAUAUCAGAUCAGCUGAUUUCCACGGAGAAAGCAAAAGUUCGAUUUUCUUGAUUUUGGCAAUCUGUUUAGCCACUAUUAUUUUGCUCGUUAUAUGUUAUAUUGGGUGUGAUUCAACGAUGAAAACUAACAGUGACAUUAAAGAUCUUUCAAAUUGGAACCAAUAUUCUUCUUUGAGACUUUCUUUGGCCGCCGAGUCAUCUAACCUUCUCCUUAUGUUAGUAAUGACAGACAGAAGUCCGCAACUGUUUACAAGCAACACUUUGGAGAAUUUGAUAACAAAAUCAGAAUACAUUAUAGAAAAAUUCGUUGAAGCUGAUCAGAACUUAGUUGAUGGAACUACCACAUCUCCUCCUUGUACAGGAUACAGCAAAAAAUUGGAUGAAUUGAAUAUUAAGGAUUCAGAAUUAUCGAAUGAAACAGCAACUCCACAAGAAUACUAUGCUAAUGCAUCUGCUCAUCAGCAAGUAAGCAUCUAUGUCUCGUUCGCCAAAAAUAUUAUUGAGUCAAUCAAACUAAAUCAUACAGAAAACAGCCAAUACAACUCAGAGCUUGUUAACACACUAUAUAUAACCAAUUAUAGAAUGUAUUGGCGCAUGAAACAGAUAAAUUCUUUGUUGAUUGACUUAAGUGAAGACAGAAUCGUCGAAGAAAAGAAUCUUAUGAUAGUUUUCAUUGUUAUAACAGUCAUUCUUCUUACUGCUUUUGGAAUAAUUUGUUUCUUUUAUCACUUAAAUAGAGCAGGAACGUAUAAAGCUGCUCUAAUGAUCCUGAAAAGGUUCUCGCCUUAUGCUUUAGUCAAUUCUAAAGCUUUUGAGAAGAUGUUCCUUAAAGGAAAAGAACAAAGUAAAGCAGAAAAGUUAUCAAUUGAAGAAUCUAUCAUAAAGAACGCCAAUGAGUCCAUAUUCUGCACAAAUAUCCAUGGUGUUGUCGAAAUUGCUAAUAACUCUGUCAGUUCUUUGAUUGGUUACACCGCUGAUCAAAUUUUAGGUCAAAACAUUGCAUCGUUCUUCGCAAAUGAUGAUAAUCCUAAGAUUAGCUUGAAGAUAGAUCAGAUCAGAAACGGUCAAAGCUCCGCUUUUUACGAAGAUGAUUAUAAUAUUAUUGCAGAUUCGGGUAAAGAAGUUCCUGUUCAUGUUACAAUAAUUGGGAUCAAAAAGGAGUCCAAUAGUGAUGUUAACUCAUUUGUUUUCAUCUUGAGAGACCAAACUUCUUUAGUAAAUCAGAAAAAGCAGGCUGAAGAAGCCAAAGCUAAGUCAGAAAAGUUGUUAUAUCAGAUCUUACCACGUGAUAUUGUUGUCCAACUCAACAAAGGAGAGAAAGAUAUUACGUUUACUGUUAAUUCAGCAACAAUUAUUUUCAUUGACAUCAACAAGUUCUCAGAGUGCUCAAAGAACUUAUCACCACAAGAUAUUAUGUCCAAUUUGUCAUAUUAUUUCGCUUGUAUUGAUAAAAUUUCGGCGAAAUACAACAUGAUUUUGAAGAUUAAGCUAAUUGGAGACAUUUAUAUGGCUGCUGCUGGUCUUUUCAACCCAGAAGUUAAUCCAGAGCAGCAUGCAGAGCAAGCCGUAUUAUUUGGACAAGAAAUAGUGAAUAUUCUUGAAGAAAUUAACUUACGGCUUUCUGCUAACCUACAAAUCAGAGUUGGUGUGAACUCAGGAGGGCCAAUCAUUGCUGGUGUUCUCGGAACAGAUAAACCUGCCUUCGAUAUUAUCGGAGAUGUUAUUAACGUUGCAGCAAGAUUACAAAGUACCAGCGAUGUAAACAAAGUUCACAUAUCACAAGCCACCCUUGAUUUGGUUAAAGGAAUGAACUGCGAAGUAACUCAAUGCGGAGAAACUUUCUUGAAAGGAAAAGGAAAGCAGCUAACUUACUAUGUCAAACCGAAUAUCCCGGUGUUCAGUGGAACCCUUGGAUGUUUCCAGAAUUAG